AUGGCCGAUUCAAAAUCAGACCAGUCUACAACCUACAAUGUCUUCUGGGUAGAGUCUGCCGGGAUGCCUCUGAAUCACGUGGCAAUCUUCGUGGAGACACAUGAACUGGGGCCUGGGAGCGGACAUAAUUUCCAAGUGUCGGGGAGUAUCCAGCUGGGAAUGUUCCAUAACCAUCGACCUGGAAAGAGGCCUGAAGAGGACGAGCAGUCGGCAUUCGUCAGUAAGCGAUUGCUCGGGACAGUGUCAAGAGCGGUCUACGAUGACGGAACCUUUCGACGAGUCUGCGACCAGGUUGAGCCCCCGCCAAAGCAAUUCAACGGCCCGAAGAAAAUGUUCCCGGGGAAAAAGCUGGUCAGGUGUGUCGAAUGGGCAGAGGAUGCGAUCAAGAAGUUGACGUGGGAGGGUAUUUUGGUCUUGGCUUGA